GACUAUCCUAAAAAAGUUGCAGUGCAAGAAGAUCCUUCUCUGCUACUAGAAAAUAGCAGAAAAUGCAAGGAUGAUGUCUUUAUUUCUCAAUAUGCUACUGGCCAGAAGGAGGCUUUAAGAGCAGUAUUAAAGCAAAAAACUCAGAACACUCCUGUACUUAAAGAGGUGAAGGUGCAGCUCUUAGGAAAUGCCUCCACAGAAAAAAGGGAAAGCAUUGGUCAUGACACCAGGCCAGCACACAGGGAAGUUGAUUCUGCAACAACUGUUGCAGCAGCAACUGCUGCAGCAAUUGCCACUACAGCUCCACUUCUUAAAGUUCAGAACGAUUUAGAAGCAAAAGUUAACUCAGUUUCAGCAUUACUUCAUAAACUGCAGGAGACAGACAGACAACUGCAGUGUGUUGCUGAACAGCAAAUAAAUAUGAAGAUUCACCACGAGAAGCCCCACUGCCAUGAAAGGGUCAGUGAGCUUGAGAAACAAAUCAAUGCUUUCAUGGUGCAACGGAUCCAGCACUUGGAAAAGUUACAGGAGCAACAAAUGAAUAUCCAGUCCCAUCUCAUUAGCUCUGCAGUCAACAUGGGUGGCUUACAGCAAGUUCAGGUCCUGUCCUCCAGUCACAUGCCAAAACAGCCUGAGCAGCCAGAGCAGCAGUUGCUUACUGAUGGAGUCCCUUCGUGUCGGAGGAGUUUAUUUCCCACCAGGGGUGCACCUGCCCAAGCAUAUUCAAGCCAAUUUCAGAGUCAUGGGAUCGAUACACAAAAAUCUCCUCUAAAGACACCAGUUCCUCGGAGAUGUGCGCCAGAACCUGUAUCAAAAAGUUUGAAAAUCUUAAAGAAAGAAAACCCUGUAACAGAAAAGGAAAAUAUUCCCAAAUCCAGAAGUGAAGGUACUGCAGGUGAAGGGAGACUUCUUGAGCAUAUUCUGAAUUCUCAAGAAAAGCCACCAAGGCAAACUGAGUUUUCUGAGAAGGCAACAUUAAACAGUAAUAAAAUGAGCAGGCAUUCUGAGAGAGACAGGGGUACUGCUUUGCGUACAGACUCACUCCCUGCUAUUGAAAGCUCCUUCCAAAAUGGCAGCUCAGCUGAGAAAACAGUGAAAAAGGCAAGUGAUUUACUUCAGGAUCUUGGCCAGCUGAGAAGAGAAAUGCAAGACAUGCUGCAGGAAGCAAAUUCAUGGAAGUCAGACAUGAAUGAACUUCUUAAGUCAAAGAAGCUUGCUCUUGCAUCUGAUCUUCCUGAACAUCGUCAGCUCAAUAAACCAUCCAUCCUUCAAAACAUUAAAGUGCCCAAGUCUAUACUAAGAGAUGCUGAAAGGAUUUUGAGAGGAGUUCAAAACAAUAAAAAAGUUCUUGAAGAAAAUUUGGAAGCCAUAACGUGUGCGAAAGAUGGGGAUGCCAUGUACACUUUCAUUAAUGCCCUGACUGCAAACAGUAAUGGAUUGGAAGAGAUUCGUAUCAGGAGGACUGUGGAUGAGUGGAUUAAGGCAAUCAGUGCAGAAAUUCAGGCUGAAAUGGCAAGAAAUGAUUCAGAACAAGUGAAAUAUGAUCAAAAGGUCCCAUGGAUCAAGAGAGCCCAAAACGUCAAGACUGUGAAGACCAAUAAAGAAAUUAAAGCAAAAACUCAAAAAAUGCAAGGAUGCUUGACAAAGAAGCCUUUAUCUGCAGCUAAGCCAUUGCAGAGGCAAGCAGAAGAUAACACAAGCAAACAGAGAUUUAGAACUUACUUUUCUUCUGAAAAUUUGCAGAGGAAAGAAAAAAGGGCAGCUGAACCUGUGAAGGGAAGCACAAUGGUACAAAAUGAAGACUAUCUGUCUCAAGUUUAUGGGAAACCAAUUUACCAGGGCCAUCGUAGCACGCUUAAAAAAGCACCCUACCUGAGAUUCAACUCUCCCCCUCCCAAGACUAAAGCUCAAAGACCCACAGUGAUAGAGUGUGUUAGGG